AUGGCUCUAACGAUCGGUACCUUCGUAAUUCUCACCAGUAAGAGCGAUUGGAUGCCCUGGUUUCGUCAAAUUAAGCACCAAGCCUCCAGGGAUAAUAUAUGGGAUUAUGUCAAUCCUGAGCUUACCGAGGGAGACGAUGGUACCCUCAAAGUAAACGUUGAACCAAAAAAGCCUCAGCCAGGCGCUGUGUACUCUAGCCAGACUCCAUUGCCUGCCGGUGCAGCCUUUUCGGGUUUAAGUGAGGCCGAACUGGGGCAAUACCUGAUGCUUCGAGAGGAUUACAAAGACGACCUCAGAGAGUAUGAAGCUCGCCACAAGGCCAUAUAUGACCUGCAUACGAUCAUCUACACAACGAUCAACCAGACCAACUAUCCUCUUAUUAUGGACUGUCAUAGCGUCUAUCAUCAAUUGAAGACUCUUAAGCAGUACCUUGAGCCCUCACGCUACCAGCUUAAACGGUUUGCUCGUACGAAUUACGAGCGCGCCAAGAAUUGGCCCUUAAAGGAGAAACAGGACGCAUGGCUAAGGGAG